UAGUUGAUUUAUAGGUUGGGUAUAUUUGUCCCAUUUCAGUUUCCCAAAACAUAUAUCAACCGCCAUUUCAAUUGCCCAAAAAUCAAAAACAGUAAAAUAGCCUCAGCAAUGGCGGACGAAGUUACGGAGUCAUUGCUUUCGAGUUUCGACCAAAUAUAUGACGAAUAUAAGAAGAGAAUUAUGGAGCUUCAGACCUUACAAGCGGAAUACAUUACUGAGAGCUCGAAACGACAAGCUCUUGAAUUCACCAUACAAAGCCUACAAUCUGAAAAUGAUCGAUUGAGAAAGCUCUACACUGAAUCACUCAACAAAUUUUCUGAUAAGAUUGAAACCCACUCAAGUUGCCAGAGGUUGAAGGAGGAACUGAAGAGAGUUCGUCAUGAGUUUUUCCAGAAAGAAAAUGAAUACCGAAGAACUAUAGAAUCACUUAAAAGGGAUCAUGCAGAGAGAAUUCAAGAUUUGGAAUCUCAGAUCAGGAAAUACCAAACUGAGGAGGCUGUUAACGAAACAACCAUAAAUCAGCUUCACAGAGAUUUAACUGAGCACAGGAGCCAAGUAGACGCUCUUAGAAAAAACUUGGGUCAAGUGUCUGCUGAUGUAGACUCCAGAUAUCAUUAUGAGAUUCAAGAUUUGAAGGACUGUCUCCUGGUUGAACAAGAAGAGAAAAAUGAGUUGAAUAAGAAGCUCCAGGAUAUGGAAAAAGAAUUGUUUGUAAGCAGAACUAAACUGGUUGUGUACCAACAAGAUUCGACUUCAAGUCAACAUAUGCAUACACUAAAGCAGAAGAUAAUGAAAUUGAGGAAGGAGAACGAGCUUCUCAAAAGGCAAAUAGUUGAAAGGUAGUGCUAGUUGAUGUAUUCACAUUUUUAAGUUUUUGUUUUUUGGUCUGAAUAGAUGGCAAGUCUCAGAUGUCAUGCUAUUGACUGAACUGAGAACACCGAGUCAGUAAGCUUUUCUUGUAAAUCCUUGUAGUUCCAAAUUCUUGAUAGUGUAUGUAAACAUUCCAGAUAUUAGAAAUCUUCAAUUUGAAUAAAGGAAAAAAAAUCCUAAAUUAUGUUUCA